UCGUUAAGUGAUUUCCUGUGAUUGUGUGAAUAGUAUUGUGUGAUUCUUUGUUUACUAAUAGACUUUGAAUAUAUUAUAUGAUAAAUAUGAGCAGAGGACAGUUACCAGAUUCUUCGAGUUCACCACCAAUGAAUAUACAGUAUGGUUAUAAUACUGGAGAUUUAUCUGAGGAUGAAGUGUCAGAUCUACCAAGUUGCGUGUUUGCUAGCAGAUCAUCAAAUUCCAGCCUUCAGCAUCAUUAUUUAACUUCUCUGCAUCAAAACACAGAAAACGGUCCCUGUGGUUCAACUGGAGGUGGCCUGGGUUCCAGUCCGUCGGACUACUUCGGCUCUUCGCCCUACAGAGUCCAGCGGCACGCGGCCAACAUCAGGGAAAGGAAAAGGAUGCUGAGGUCUGCUAUUGGACCCACCGGCAGUAUCAACUCCGCUUUCGACGAGUUAAGAAUGCACGUGCCCACGUUCCCGUACGAAAAGCGUCUGUCAAAAAUCGACACACUCCGACUAGCCAUAGCAUACAUCGCCCUGUUGCGCGAAGUACUGACAGCUGAUUGCGAUCCAUUGACGUACGUGGAGAGAUGCCUGCGGGGCGAAAUCAAGGCGGAUAGGGCUAAUUGGAACACUAGCGAUUUAACAGCGAGAUUGUCUUGGAUAAAUUGGGAAAACCUAGGAGUUACACCUGGAAGAAGAAGUACAUUAACUUCACUAGCUUUAAGUACCACAGAUAAUGUAAAUAAUUAAAUAUUAUAGUUAAGUAUGUAUAAUUAUUUAAACUAAAUGCCAGAACUCGUGCAAUAGUAUCAAUAUCGCAUUAUAAUGAUAUA